UUUUCACACCACCCUUCCGAUUAUUUUGCCGUAAUGUUGUGACUUAAAGUGCAAUUUUAUUAUUUAUUAUUAAUUAAUAAAUCCAUAAGUAUCAAAAUGGAUAGUCAAGGUCGGAAAAUAAUAGUUUGUGAUAAUGGAACAGGGUUCGUUAAAUGUGGUUAUGCUGGUUCUAACUUCCCUGCUUUUACAUUUCCGUCUCUGGUUGGAAGACCUAUCAUACGAGCUGCCCACAAAAUUGGAGAUAUUGAAGUAAAGGAUGCACCUACUGAUGCUCGUGAUUUGAUGGUUGGCGAUGAAGCUAGUAAAUUGCGCUCAAUGCUUGAAGUUUCAUAUCCUAUGGAGAAUGGCAUAGUUCGAAACUGGGAAGAUAUGUGCCAUAUCUGGGAUUAUACAUUUGGUCCUAAUAAGAUGAACCUUGAUGCCAAAAAUUGUAAAAUUCUGUUGACAGAGCCUCCAAUGAAUCCAGUAAAAAAUAGAGAAAAUAUGAUUGAGGUUAUGUUUGAAAAAUAUCAGUUUGCAGGCACAUACAUUGCUAUUCAAGCAGUCCUUACACUCUAUGCGCAAGGUUUGUUUACUGGAGUUGUUGUUGACUCUGGAGAUGGUGUUACUCACAUAUGUCCGGUGUAUGAAGGUUUUGCACUGUCGCACAUUACCCGUCGGUUAGACAUAGCGGGAAGAGAUAUUACUCGAUAUCUUAUUAAGCUACUCCUACUUCGAGGAUAUGCAUUCAACCAUUCAGCAGACUUUGAAACAGUAAGGAUGAUUAAAGAAAAGUUAUGUUAUAUAGGUUAUAACAUUGAACAAGAACAAAAAUUAGCAUUAGAAACUACUUUUCUUGUUGAACCAUAUACUCUCCCAGAUGGGCGAGUUAUAAAACUUGGAGGAGAAAGAUUUGAAGCUCCAGAAGCUUUAUUUCAACCCCAUCUUAUUAAUGUAGAAGGCCAAGGCAUAGCAGAACUAGUUUUUAAUACUAUACAAGCUGCUGAUAUAGACAUAAGACCAGAAUUAUACAAGCAUAUUGUAUUAUCUGGAGGAUCUACUAUGUAUCCUGGUUUGCCUAGUCGAUUAGAAAGGGAAAUUAAACAACUGUAUCUUGAACGAGUAUUACGAGGUGACACAGAAAAGCUAUCCAAAUUUAAAAUACGUAUUGAAGAUCCUCCCAGAAGGAAAGAUAUGGUUUUCAUAGGUGGUUCAGUAUUAGCAGAUGUUGUGAAAGACAAAGAUUCAUUUUGGUUGUCUAGAGAAGAAUAUUUAGAGAAAGGACUCAAAGUGCUAGAAAAAUUGGGUGCAAAAACGUUAUAUUAACUUGUAUCAGUCCUGCAUAGUCAAAUUCUGCUUUUGUCUACUUCAUUUUUAUCUGUAUCUGGGACCAUAGAAAUUUUAUUUCUAAAAAUCACUUUCAAUUCCAAAGCUGUCUGCUGAAACUAAUAUGGAACCGAGUAUGACUUUCUAAUAUAUAGAAUUUUGUAUUUGAUGCGAUGUUUCAUCCUAGUGAUUUUGAAGUUAUUGAUUCUUAAAACUAUUUAUGUUGUACAUUUCCUUGCUAACAUUUGUUAUGUUUCUUUUGAAAUAUAUAUUAAAUAAAUUUGAUAAGAGAAAUGUAUUGAAAUGUAUUUGUAAUGUAGAUAUCCCACUCUUAAAAUCAAAGGAGUCUGUCUGUUAAUAAUUAUUAUUUUUAUUUAAAUAUAAGUGUAGAAAUGUUCUGAAUUAUUAGUAUAAUAUUAAGCAGACCUAAUUUAUUUUGUAGAGGUACUUUAAAGAGCUACAGGUAAAGAUUUUUAGGAUUUUGCUCUUAAAAUGCAUAAUGCAUAUAAAUAAUUGGUUAUGUUAUAAUGUGACAAUCAAUGUACUGAUAUUUUUCCUAUUUUGAAAUUUUGAAAAAAUUACAUUAUUCUUGUAUUGAAAUAUGUAUAAAGUCAUUUAAACCUUA